AUGCAUCUAGUGUUUUAACUGCCUGUAUGUCUGGCACCACAUUUGUACAGUACCACAAAAGCCAUGAGAAGACAUUCAACUUGGAAAACUGAAAAUACAGAUCGAUGUCAACCACCAAAUGGGUGCUGGAUUUGAACAUGAGUCUUGUGCAGAUCCAUCUCUCCAACCUCCAAUUUGUAAUUACUAAUACAUUUUGUCCCUAGGGCCAAAGCAUUUCAUUUAUUCAUAAUUUUCUGUAUCUUAACUAUUUUUAUGAGAAAGCAGAAGCUGGAAAUGUUGAAGAUGCUGGUGAGUCAGCUCAAGCUUUUUUUAGCCACACUCAAAAUAUGUUGAUACACCAUCACAGUUAAACCAUUUGCACAGACAGAUUCUUUUGAAACUCAUGUCCUUGAAACAUGUCUUUUAAAGCUCUUGUUUAGUCUGCAAUCUGCUUCAUACAUUGUUUCCCAGAGGAACAGUCAGUCUCUAUCCAUCAGCUAAAAAGCAGUCAUCCUAUAUAUAAUUGUCACAUUACAUGUCAUUUUCAGAUAAGUGCUAACUGUGAAACAGACAUUUCCUUGGGAUGAAGAAAUCAUUGUGCUAAGAUGGAAGAUGCUGCAUUUAAAGGAUGCGAAAAUGUGUUCCUAUGUUUGUUGUUCAUAUAUUCAUAUGCCCUACUGUGUUAUUGUGGGUGCCAUGAUGACCAAGAAAAAUACAGCUGUAUCACCAAUACACUUCCAUCAUAAGGUGAGGGAAAGUACAUGAAGUACAAAAUAAUAGUCUGAGUUGUCUAUGCCGUGUUUUCCAGGAUAAGCUCCUGUACAGUGAUACAAUAGUGUCUCCCUUCAUAGAAGAUGUAAAGACUCAAAUCAUUCAUUAUGCUCAGACCAUUGAGAAGUGUUUUCAAGACAGCAGUGUUCCUCCUGGUCAUCACUCCAGUCUGCACAGAAGUCCUCUCCAUGUCCUCUCAGAGUAAAGCUCUAAAAACCACUGAGGAAUGGGCUCUCCAGAUGUUUGUGCUUUUUGAAGUUGGGAUUGGGACUGUGGCCAACAUUUUUCUGUUUGUCCACAAUUUCUCUCCCAUCUUUACUGGCUCUCGACUGAGGCCCACACAGGUCAUUGUCACCAACUUGGUUGUGACCAAUGCCUUCCUUCUCCUCGUCACUGCAUUUCCAAGCAACAUCAUGGUUUUUGUUCCCAGGAGUCCUCCAAGUAACCUCCGAUGCAAAAUUGUAUUCUUCAUUCGCCUGGUGGCUCGAAGCACGAACAUGUGCUCCACCUGUGCCCUGAGCAUCCAUCAGUUUGUUACUCUUGUUCCUGGUCACUGGGGUAGGCUGAUGCUCCGAGGAAGAACCCCUGAUGUCCUGAGUUACUCUUGUUACAGUUGUUGGUUGUUCAGUAUCUUAAAUAAUGUCUACAUUCCAAUCAAAGUCACUGGUCCACAGAACACAGGCAAUGACACUCACAAUCAAAGCAUGUUUCUCUGUUCCACAUCUGGAUUCACUCUAGGCAUUGUCUUCUUGCAUUUGGCCCAUGAUGCCACAUUCAUCAGCAUCAUGGUCUGGACCAGUGUCUCCAUGGUGAUUCUCCUCUAUAGACAUCACCAGAGAACACAGCACAUCCUCUCUCCCACUCAGAACCACAGAGGCCAUGCUGAGACCAGAGCAGCCCAAACCGUCCUGAUAGUGGUGGUCACAUUUGUUGCCCUGUACCUCCUAAAUUUUAUUUGUAUCAUCUUUCACACUGUUUUAACAGACUGGGGUCUCUUGUUGAGGCACGUAGGUGAAGCUUUGACUGCAGGCUUCCCCACUAUUUCUCCCUUCCUGUUGAUCUUUAGGGAUCCUAAGGAUCCUUGUUCUGUGCUCUUCAACUGUUGAAAACCACAGUCGAAAGGCGAAACACAGAAAACAGCUUUAUCAACAGUCAUAAACACUCUAUAGUAAAUAAUGGUUUAAAAAGUCUGUCUUUACCAAAUGGAUAUUGUGACUCACUACAGGCAUCCCAGCACUGGGAAAGUUAAUCCAGGAAAAAUGCAAUAUAAUUAAUGGUAUACCCCCGAGCUAUGGAGUAAGAUACUGGACAACCUCUGAUACAGAGUCGCAGUUCCACAUAUCUAGCUUGUCAUGUGAAGAGUUUAUACAAAUGUUAUCUCAGGUAAACAAAGCUCAUAACCCCAAGUAUAGGCAUAUUGUUGUCAUUGGACAGAUGUAAAUUUUAAAGUUGAAAAACAGAGAUUUGUGCUUAUCCUGGACACAUAUAAGGUACCUGAACAAUAAAUAUGUGUCCUCCUAGUCUUUGAGUCUUUGUUUCCCAUGUAUUUAUCUGAAA